AUGAUGAGACCCGAAAUAUGGGAAUUAACACACAGAUUGUGGGGUAUAGAAAUCAGCAUUUAUGAUAUGUUUAUUCUUUUGCUCAAUAUUUUUAUGAUCAUUUUGGCUAUUUUCUGUUAUUUAAUUGCUUGUUAUAGGAAUAAAGAAAAUGUGAAAGGAAGCUUCAAAACAAAUGGGUUUGUUAAUAUAUGGGACUCUGGGAGCACAAAAGCAUAUAAAAUUGGGUUGCAGACCAGUUCGGUGAAAAAGAAAAAUGCAAUUAAAUCUCCAUCAAAGCCUAACACAAAAGAAGAAAUUUCUUGUGGUGUUUGUGGCAUUAGUUUGUCAAUUAGUAGCCAAUUUAGAUAA